AUGGAGGAGACGCGAGCACCCGCUCAAGGUCGUCUUUUGCGAACAAGAACUGCUGUUGCUAGCACGACUAGUACUACUACUACUGUGAAAUCGAAUUCCACCACAUCCAAUGCUACAGAAAGACAGCGUCCAGUGAAUGCAACUGGGAAUGCUGUUUCUGCAACUACUUCUUCCUUUGCUUCUGCUGCUACAGUAAAGGAUGCAACGAUGAAAGAAGAAAGUGGGGAUGAAAAUGAAAUAGUCACACUACAUCUUCUCCUUCAGGAGCGUGAUGAACAGGUAUCUUUACUUGAGGGUCUUCUUAGCGAAAAACAACUUCUUGUACGACAUGAUGAGAUACUUGAAGAACGUAUACAACAAUAUGAGGAACAACUGAGUAAAUUGGCUUCUGUUGUGAGAGUAGGGAGUCCUGCUACUUCAGCAUUAGAAAAGGAUGCUUUAUCUUCAAAAAAGGGUAAAGAUGGUGCUGUAAUCUCAUCAUCUGGUACAGCAAACAAGAAAAUGGUUUCUAUUCAUGAUAUAAUAGAUGGAGUUCAAAAAUUGCGUUAUGAUAAGCAACGAAUGGAGGUUGAUCUUGUAAGAAAAGAAAGAACAUUGGAAGUUCUUCAAUCACAGUUAAAGAAGUUGCAAGAAGAGACCAAGGUAGGGGAACUACCUGUAAAGAAUAAUCCUUCUAGGCUUGUUGCAAGUCUAGUUUCCAAAUCCUCAACUUCAAGCGAGGAAUUCGAAACGGAAACAGUAGGAGAACGUAAAUCUCGAUCUGAUCUUGAAAAGAAAUUGUUAGAGAUGCAGAAAAAACAAACUCGUAUGGAGGAGAAACUUUCUUGUUAUCAAAAAGAGUAUUAUGCGGCACGAGAAAGUCUCCGCUCGAGAGAGAAAGAAAUAUUGGAAUAUCAGCGUAAAUAUCGUGAUUCUGCUGUAUCUAGCCAUGGAAAACAAGAUCAACUUAUUGCUUCACAUUGUUGGAAAGAUUUAAAAAAGAUGAUAUCUACACAAUAUCGUCAUUUUUUUCGUGGGGAUGAAUGGGUACAACUUGUAGAGAAAAGACCAGAGGCUAUGCGUACAAGUAUUCUUAAGGAUGUCUCAUUAACUUUAUGUGCACCUCAUGGAUUUGUAUCAAUUUUAGAAUUAAAAAAGGGACCUGAAAUGGUUGUUGCUGUAGAGAUAGUUGUAAAACAUCCUUCUUCUAUUCGAGAAAAGCAAAUAGAAUUGCUUUUAAUGGAUUGUCCCUUUACUGAGGUUAAAGAUCUACUUAAACAUAGAAAUGAUCCAAAGGAUGGAUGGGAUCUAGUUCAAGAAGAAUUACAUGAGACUCGUAAUGCUCUUGUAAAAAGAGAAGAGGAGAUGUUAAUAUUACAAGAGAAACUUCAACGGUUGGAAUCAACACUGGAAGAUGAAAUUAAACAACGCGAUACAGAUGAUCGUUUAAUUCAUCAGGCUCUUGAUGAAACGGAAGAAACUGUAAAGGCGAUGUAUGCUGAAAUUGAGAAUCAACGAGUUAAAGAGAAAGAAUUGCAGGCACAACUCCAAAAAGUAACGGAGACGUUAGAAGAACGAGAGAAAACGAUUAAAGAUCUCACAGUGCAGUUACAAAAAUCUAAGAAUGAAAUGAAACAUCAACAAGAAAGCUAUGUUAAACAAUUAGAAGAAUCUCAUUCAUUAUUACAACAACAAAAACAAUUGAUUGUAAAGACAAAAGAGAAAUCAUCUGUGGUAACUCAUACUCUCUUGGUGAAAUGGGAUGAAAAGGGUGAGAAAACGCCUCUCGCUUUGGAUUCUAAGAGUAAAGAUAUGUUGGGAACUCUUCUGCUUGGUUCCAUUACUACUACACUUACUCCUCUUGUUUCGAUAGCAACAAAAGCUAUUCCAUCUAAACUUCUCUCCCUUACUUGUACUGGUUGUGAAAUUCAAGCAGAAAUUCAAUUGAAUUUGUAUUCCACAACAGAGGGCGGUGCUGAGCGUGUGGGGGAGUAUAUACGUCGUUGUCGAGCCUCAUCUGCUGUACUCUUUCUACAGGAAUUACGUGAUCAGAAUCUUUUGGUGGAAAGUCGUACACGUGAGAUUCGACGACUCGCACAAGAAUUGAAAACAGUAACGGAUGAAGUGGAACAAUUAAAGUUGCAAUUACACACACAAUGUGAACAAACACAAGAGGUAGAAAAACGUCAUUCGCUUGCAGUAAAAGAACUUUCACAGAUUAGUACGGCACUCGGAAUAGAGAGUAAUAGUUCUUCUUCUUCUGAUGGUAUUGCUAUUGCGGUUGCUGCUCUUGUGAAGCGAAUCACCGCGGUAGAGAAGGCGAAACGAGAAGAAAAACAACAGUGGCAUCAACAGGAAAAACAACAAGAAGAAAAACAGCAAGAACAUCAACGGGAACUAGAAGAACUACGAGAAACCCUACGGAAAUAUAAAUCUGAUGUGGAAAAGACUAAUGCAGCUCUGAAUACAUUACGUAGUACACAUCAACGUCUCGUAAAGGAGUCUGCAGCGCGUAAAAAGACACGUGAUGUACUGCGAGCCCAAUUCGAAGAGCUGCAAAAAACAAGAGAAGUAAAUCCCUCGAAAGACGCUAUUAAUAAAGAUGAUAAUGAUAAUGAUAAGGAUGAUGAUGUGGAGAAUGAUGUACUCUCCUCACUACGUUCAGCAUAUAGGGCAUAUGAUGAAAUGUUAGAAAAACAGGAGAGUGCGAAGAAGAAGUGGCUUGAAGUGGAGAAAUCACUCCGGGAAGAAUUGAAGAAUGGUAAAAGUGAGUUUGCACGGCUUCAGUUACAGUGUACUAAACUAGAGAAGGAAUUAGAGAAGAAAACAGUUGCAGAUACGGCUUCUAUAGCGAAAUUUGAGCAAAGUGAUGUGGAGUACCGUAAGCUUAUUAACUCUAUUAAUACAGAGAAGGAAGAGCUUUCUACGCGGGUUAUGGAGUUAACACGGCAGUGUGCCACACUGGAGAGUGAACGAAGUAAACUUCAAUCCGAGAUGGCAUCUAGAAGUGAGCGGGCAGAGGAAAUGAUGAAGCAGUUAGUGCAUGAAGAAGAUGUACGUCGUGAGUUGGAAAAGGAAGUGGGGAAGUUACGCCGUUUAAAGACUACAACCACAACAACAUCUACAUCUACAUCUACCACAACACGAACAACCCUACUUGAGAUGAAGCGAUUACGUAAAUUCUGUUUACAAACAUUAAAGUUACCAUUAACAGAAAAGGAACAGAGUGUAGGGGAUAUUGUGGCAUGUAUGGAACAACAUUAUGAUAGUGUAUUGGAAGAAAAGGAACAAUUGGCGGCGGCUCUUCUUUCUAUGCAUACAGCUAUACAGUUAUUAAAACAAUGUGUAUCGGCAACGGAAGAACAUAAAGAAAAUCCUAUUCGCCGAACACGUGCCUCUGCUGGGAAUAAAACUAUUGGAAAUAGUAAUAAUAAUAAUAAUAAUAAUAAUAAUAAUAAUAAUAAUAAUAAUAAUACCACUACACCUAUGAAUAUAAAUGGGAAUACAGGUGGUGGUGCUGUAUUGCGUGGAUUUGGCCGUUCACUGAGUUACAGUAGUGGUUUACCACCGCCGUUGUUAUCCGCACGUGCACCUCGUACGGGUGGUAGAAAGUCUAUUACACCCAAUACACUUCAACGAAUGGCAAGUGGUCAACUACAUCUUCAAUCCCCACAAACACAACGGGGAAAAGAAACACAAGAAAAAGAAAAACUAGAAACACCACGAAAACAGGAAACAUUAACUGCGAAACCAACGGAGUUAGCAUCUAGUGCUGCAGAAGUAGUGUACUUUGCACAGCUGCUCGUUAGUGUAGUAACGUACUGGAGAGAGAAUGAACGACAACACAAUACACGAUUUGAAGAUGUAUCAAAGAAAUGCCGAGAGUUAUCUGAAAAACUUAGCCGUACGGAACAUGCCUUAAUAGAAAAACAAGAACAACAAGAAAAAGAAAAGGACAAGAAAGAAAAAGAAGAGCAAAGCAUGAAGAAUAGAGUAGAAGAUUUUAGUGCCCGUGAAGAAGAACAUGAGAGUUUUCUCCGUCGCAGUCGUGCCCACGCCCUAUGUGUGGUAUUAUCUGUAAAAGAUCAUUUACACGAUGCGUUAGCCGCCCUGCAGCCCAUCGCUGCUGUGAUGAGAGACGACACUACUAACACGACUACUACUAUUACUACAACUACAGUCACCAGCAGUACUACUUCUACCACCGCACGGGGGCGGUACACUACAGACAUCACGCACGGUAUGCGAAUGGCGGAGGAGUCGGUGGUGUAUGCACUCAAACGUAUUGUGAACGCCGCCGGCACUGUUUUCUCCACCCGUGAACGGUCGGAUGUGGAGAUGAAGCGGGGCGCGGAGUAUUUUACAAUUCCAGAGGCCUGGCGGGGCACCGCCUCCCCCCGCACACCGCUGCAGUCCACACCCCUGCGACUCACGCAACAAUCACAAUCACUAAAGGGACUUGUGCCGCGGGAUGCGAAUCUCUCGCCGCCGUCGUCCAGUGAGAAACAACGAAGUGUUUCACUUGAGCGGGUUUCGGGAUCCGUCGCUGGUUCGGGAGUGACGUGUGUGGAUUACAGACAAUAUAUGACUCGCGAUGAUCAACAGGUCAUUCAACAGGCACUGCGAGAGGCCCGUCGGCGUAGACGAUAG